AUGAUGGACAGAAUCUACAACAUGAAAUUAAAGGGACAACAAUGGGGAAAUCAUAUUUGUCCAGAGAUAAGGGAUAACGUGAAUUUGCUUAAAAAAGUUCAAAGGCAUUAUCAGGGUAGUACAAGUGAACCACAACAACAUGAAGAGGUUGAAAUGACUCCAAUUGAGAUGGAUACUACUCAAAAUGAUAUGCAAGUUACUCCUAUUGAUGUUGAAUCCAGUAGUACAUGGGAUUUUAGUCAGUCUAUGCAAUUUACUCCACCUAGAAGUUAUGAAGGUGAUAAGGGUGUUGUUGGUGAGGAAGCUGUUAUGGGUGAGGAAGCUGAGGAGGGUGAGGAAGCUGUUUAA